CAUUUUGAAUCCCAUCAAGGCACAUNGCUGCUCAUUUCCUUUAAUAACUAUAAUCACACUUUUUUUUUAAUAACUAUAAUCACACUUCUACCAAACGUUCUUUAUGACUUGAGUGAGUAAAUGGUUAGAUCAUAAAGUUUUUGGUUCAUAAACUGAUAAAUAUGGUUGGACCAAUUGGUUAGCCCGAAAACCAAAACACAAGAAGCGGCCCAAACUAAACGGAACGAGUCGACUCGCACGCACCACUUCUUAACAAUCUCCGCACAAAAUUUGUAACUACAUAGUACAUACUUUGUCUUGUGAUGAUGAUCAGAGAGACCAUCUCAUAAACAAUGGCGGUUUUUCAAGAAAUUCAGUCCGACCAUGCCUCGCCCAAAAGACGCCGCGCAGAUAACAUACCCGACCAUCAUCCCAAGUUUGACGACAAUAAAAAAAAUCCUCAUCCAUGGCCUUCGCAGCCUUUCAGGAUACAGCGUGAGGCGUCCAAGAUUUUAAGUCCAAGAGAUGUUAAUCCGAAAAAUCCCCAGCUGCAAAUAAGUGCUCACGACUCCUUUGUCUUGACUAAAAGCCACAAGAUCAUAGAAUCUCUUCCAGGCACAUUUAAACAAAAUCUUGUGGUAUAUGAUGAAGGUGAUAUGAAGUACAACAUGAUCUUAUCGAAUCCUAUGCCCGGAAAAUGUGUAAGAUUCUCCAUUUCUGAAGAUUGGGGAAAGUUUGUUAAGGUUCACAAUCUGAAAGCUGGUGAUAGGGUCUCGUUUCACAGUGUUCCGGAGGAAAAUGUUUAUGAUGAUUACUGUUACAUUGUUAAGCAUGUUAGGAAUUAUCCUAGUAAGGAUAUUGGUAACCAGAAUACGAAGAAAUUGAGUGGUGCUGGCCGAAAAGUGGAGCAUGAUAAGAAAAAGGCUGGGACAAAAAAGGCACUUGAGCGGAAAAAGCUUAUAGGUGAUCAUGAAAAAUUGCCACUCGGAGUUGGGCAUCAGGAAGCUGUCUCACCGGAAUAUAGAACUGUUAAAAAGAAAGGAAUUUGAAAGGGCCAGAUUUAAGUAUUCUUCAUGGAAGAGCUAUGACACGUGAGGCCUACUGCUUGUCCAAGACUCUAACUUCUGUCGAAGUCGUUCGAAAAAAACCGAGGCUAUACUUUGAUCCUUAUGAUGCAAGCGUCUUAGCAGAUUGUCCCAACAUUGGAAGACAUCCUCUCAUGAAAUGCUCAAAAAAAUUAUCUGUAUACGAUGGAGAAAAUAGAAGAUUCCUUUUUAAUUUACGGGACUGCACGAGUGGCGGGGUAAUCAGGAGCUACUGUAUUGAUAAUGACUGGAAAAUCUUUCUUAGGAAGCACAAUUUGAGAGAAGGCGAUGUGCUCACGUUUUACAGGUUCCGAGAAGCAGGUGUUUUUAAACUUAAAUACUACUAUGUGCUUAAGUAUUUCAGAAAGCCCCUGGAUGUUGUUGAUCGGUUAAAAAGUAAUGAGGAUAGAAUGGAAAAGAUCUUUGAUGGGCAAAAGAGAAUUGUGCUGGGGCCUGAUUCUAGUGCCUCCUGCUUUUAUAAGACUCUAACCUCCAUAGAAGUCGUUCAGAAAAAUCCAAAGCUUUACUUUGAUCCUCACGAUGCUAGCGUUUUAACCAACUGCCCUGAGAUUGGGAGACGCCCUCUCGGCCAAUGUUCCAAGUGGCUUUCAAUAUUUGAUGGGAAGAAUAGAAAAUAUAAGAUGAAUUUGCAGCACUGCAUUAGUGGCGGGGAAAUAAGGAGCUUCUGCAUUAGUAUGGGCUGGAAAAAAUUUCUUCGGGCCCACAACUUGCGAGAAGGGGACGUAUUAACAUUCUAUAGGUUCCGAGUCGAAUGUGGUGAUUCUGAGCUCAGAUACUACUAUGUGCUCAAGUACUUUAGGAAGCCUCCAGAUGUUGAUCGAUAUAAGAAUGAAGUUGGCCAAGAAGAUGAGUAGAAAAAUUAAAGCUAGGUAAUUUUAGAUAAUGCUGGUGCUUACGAUAAUGUUUUUUUGGUUUAUGUUUUUUAGUUUGUUUUGUUUUAAGAAUGUUUCUGCAGUGGUGCAUGACAUUGUUGGUGAAAUUGUAGAAUUUAUGCAGUCAUGCGCGCUCAUGAACGUUGUCUGAGUUGAUUGCUGAGAGACGAUGUAGGUAAUUAAGACAAGCGUCUCAAGCUUUGAAUGAUGGCAAUGGUUUGUCAUUUUGAAGAUUUGUAGCAGUAAUGAAAAUUGACGACCCUUGCGGUUUUACCUAAUUGCUUAAGA